CACGACGAGUGGGAAGGUGUCGGGGUGCGUUGGUGGAGAGUGGAAGUAUUUUGCGAAUAACUUCUGUGGAAAUAUCCGAAGACGCAUGGCAUUCCUUUCACUGCGUUUGUGUCGGUGGGACUAGCAACGUGCCUCAUUGGACCUGUGGCAAUGUCGACGGGGUGUUGUUGGACAUGCUGAUGCUUCGUGCUGCCUCCUGCUGCCUCGGGUGGUCAUCUCAUACUUAAAUGGCCGGAGGUCAGCGCGCCGGCACCAUGUCCAAGCCGCCGGCGGCCAGCGGCAACCUGACCACCUAUAAGCUGGUGGUGGUAGGCGACGGCGGCGUCGGCAAGUCGGCGCUCACCAUCCAGUUCUUCCAGAAGCUGUUCGUCACCGACUACGACCCGACCAUUGAGGAUUCGUACAUUCAGCACUGCGAGGUGGACGCCCAGUGGUGUAUCAUGGACGUGCUCGACACGGCCGGCCAGGAGGAGUUCAGCGCCAUGCGGGAGCAGUACAUGCGCACCGGCGACGGCUUCCUGCUGGUCUACUCCGUCACCGACAAACAGAGCUACGCCAACAUCCAGCACUUCCACACGCAGAUCCUCCGCGUCAAGGACAGGGACGCGUAUCCGAUGCUGCUGGUGGCCAACAAGGUGGACCUGGUGCACCUGCGCAAGGUCACCGAGGAGCAGGGCCGCGAGCUGGCCGCCAAGCUCAACAUACCCUACAUUGAAACCAGUGCCAAGGACCCGCCGCUCAACGUAGACUCGGCGUUCCACGAGGUGGUGCGCAUCAUCCGCACGUCGCCGCCGACCGAGCAGGACCGCAAGCGGCGCCGCCGCCGCCGCGGCCGUCAGUGCGCGCUCAUGUAACUGCCGCGCCUGCCUCUCCCACCCACUGUUUGGCCCACGGGUCGGACGUGCCGUAGGUCCCUUAUUGGACCAGCCGGCCGCGCGCCGGUCGGAGCGCGUCGCGCCGCCUCGCCGCCGUUUUAUACUCUUGAUGUUUGUACGAGGCGGCUGCCGCGCCGGUAGGUGUUCCUCGGGAUGUCUGGUCAAGUCGCUUUAACCGCGCUAGCUGUUCCCACGCGAGGCCCCAAGUAUUACGACAUAGAGGCUGUUUUACACCCAGGUCGGUGUCGCGCCGUUAGGAUGCAGUAGUGUGCGUGUGCGUGUGUGUGUGUGUGUGUGCGUGUGCGUGUGUGUGCUGCUGGCGUGCCCUCGCGGCCACCCCGCUGCCUGAUUGGCUGAUGACGCUUGCACCUCAGCGGCGCCCGGCUCUGAUUGGCCGCGAGUUGCCCGCGCAGGCGGAGCUGCGCAGCUUCCGCCGCCGACAGAGGCGCACGGUCUUCUUGCCAGCGGCUGGGACGUGCUGCGCAAGAGCUUAGAGCGCGGGGUAAUGGCUGCUUGGCACUGGACUCCGAAGGAGGCAUUUUCCUACGGGCAUGCUUGGGGGCACCCUCUCCUGGAGGCUUGGAUAGUCGUUUAAUGUUUUGUGGGGGGUUUGUGGUGCGUUGGUCGUUGUGGGUGCUGGUAGAAGGGUGUUUGGUUUCGGACUUGUCCAUGAGUUCAUUCGCUCUGUGGAUAGCCCUGCACCACUCCCUAUUUUAGGCUCUGUUAUGAUUGCAAAUGCACCUAGUCUAGCACGUCUAAACCGCUAAUGAAGCUAACAUACAGGGUUGUCUGUGCUGGUGCUUGAUGUGCUAUUCGCAUUGCUGUACCACUUGUUUGUAUUACUUGCAUGACACAAUUCAUGAUUACUAACGAUGCUCAAAUUUCCUCGAGGGGCUCAAGAAUUGUACACUUUUCGUGUCCCUGGUUUGUUAAAUGGAUCUCGAAUUAGAUGUUUUUGGCUAUUUUUGCAUGGGUUUUCAGAGGUCAUGAGGGAGGUUGAAAACGGUUACACCGUCAUGGGGCUUAGAUUAGAGAUGCAAGAUUUUCAUUUUUACGCUUGCUGCCAGCACGCACUGGUACUAGUACAUGCAUCCGUACCACCUGUGGAGCAGGUAUGGGGUGGGCGGUACCGGUAUUGUCCUGGUGCCAGCUCUCCAUGCAUCCAACGUAGGCCACGUUUCCUGGCACCGGCAGACCUUGACGGCCCCGGUACCACCACGCUGGGGAUGCGCCCGCCGGUACCGCGGUGGUGGUGAUACCCAAAUCUUGCAUCUCUAGUCGGUGCGUGGGCGGUCCGCAUGACCCCUAGGUCGCGUCCUCGUUCGUGCCCCUUUGUUAGCUGUCGCGCCGUGCACGGUGGCCGCGGAGGGAGGGCCGGGGGCGUGCGCGCGCGUUCUGUCACCACCAGUCCCGAUCCUGCCAGCGGUCAGCCGCCGAGCAUUCCGACUCGAUCGUCGAUGUGGAGCUUUCAGUGUUGGCCGAACGGCGGCGCUAGUGGCGGCCGCUUGGUGUCGAGCUUUAUGUUUGGUGUGUCGUACCCCGAGCGCUCCUUUUGCGCCAGCGCGCCGCAUAUUGUGUUGAACAUGCCAUCCGAUCUGAUCGCGGGUCGGUGGGAUAGCGCGGCGAUGGUGCCGCUAGAAAGUGACGGCGGCCUGCUGGCUAUGUAGCAUAUUUUAUAGGACUUAUCCGGCGUAACUACACGCACACAGUCUGCCAACAGCAAGCAACUUCAGGACUUCCCGUUUGGCGAAACUUCCAGCCAGGCUCUGAUGAAACGAUGUAUGUUCCCUGACGUGGCAAAUACAUGUUUUGUGAUCAAAG